AUGUUUUCCAAGGCGACUCCCGCGCUCAACACUGUGCGCGGCUUUAACGGAACCCCGUUGGCUUCUGGCGACGAGGACUCAGACUGCUGUCCUACUCCGCAGCCCGGCGAGACGAACCGUGCCAGGCACGCCAAAAAAACCCAUGCCCUCAACGAUGUUGUCAGUGUGAAUUGCAGCCCGGCCCUCAAGCCGAUUGUCUCCCAGGGCGGCAUGAGCGGCAUCAGCAGGCUUCGAAUGCAGCUGGAUACGCUCAACCUCGCCAAUGACCAAGCUGCCGGUUCCACGGCCGCCUCGUCGCGCACGACCUCCUUGACCAACAGUGAGAGCCUCCGUUCCCCUCCCGCCAGCGACACCACCGUCAGCAGCGGCCGCUACAAGAGCCGCACUGGAAGCGGCAUCAGCAGCGAGGAUGAGACGGCGUCACAGGGCAGCACCGAGUACGAGAUCAACUUGGAGCACGACUUCGCAAGUGAGGCCAGCGGUCGCCCCAUUGCCGACACUGUUCGCCCCCGUCAUAAGAUGACGGCGGGCGACUUUGAGCCGCUCCGUUGCCUCGGAAAGGGCACCUACGGGACCGUCUUGCUCGUGAAGCAGCGCACGACCGGACGGCUAUAUGCCCAGAAGCAGUUUAAGAAGGCGUCUCUGGUGGUUCAUAAGAAGCUUGUCGAGCAGACGAAGACGGAGCGCCAGAUCCUCGAAAGCGUCAACCGUCACCCGUUCGUCGUCAAGCUCUACUACGCCUUCCAAGACCAGGAGAAGCUGUAUCUGAUCCUCGAGUACGGCCAGGGCGGCGAGCUGUUCACUCACUUGAGCACCGAGAGGAUGUUUUCCGAGGAGACGGCCGCAUUCUACAUGGCCGAGAUGGUCCUCGCACUGACCCACCUGCACAACACACUGGGCGUUGUCUACCGCGACCUCAAGCCUGAGAACUGCCUCCUGGACGCCGAAGGUCACCUCUUGCUGACCGACUUCGGUCUCUCCAAAGUCGCCGUUGACUCGGACGCAUGCAAUUCGAUCCUCGGCACGGUCGAGUACAUGGCGCCCGAGGUGAUCCAGGGCAAGAAGUACGGCAAGGCCGUCGAUUGGUGGUCGCUGGGAGCGCUGGGGUUCGACCUAAUGACGGGCCACCCGCCCUUCCGCGGGCCGAACCACGCCAAGAUCCAGGACAACAUCGUGCGCCAGAAGCUCGCCCUGCCCUUCUUCCUCAGCCCCGACGCCAAGGACCUCCUCACCCGCCUGCUGCGCAAGGAUCCCGCCAAGCGCCUCGGCUCCAGCAUGCCCAAGGACCUGGCCACCAUCAAGAAGCAUCGGUUCUUCCGCAAGAUCGACUGGACGCGGCUGGCCGCGCGCGACAUGGAGCCGCCCAUCCAGCCCAUCAUCACCGACCCGGAGCUGGCAGAGAAUUUUUCGCGCGAGUUCACCGAACUUUGCCUCAGCCCCGUCGUGAGCCGGUUUGUCGAUCUGGAGGGUGGGGCUGGUGGCGCCCCGGACGUCAACGACGAUCCGUUUGGCGGCUUCAGUUUUGUUGCGCCCAGUAGCUUGCUCGAGCGUCCUGGGUUCACUAUUCCCGUCUGA